GUGAUCUCUUUGGCUGCACACUCAGCAGCCUCUUGUGCUCUUCCCAGUGUGAGAGGCGAGGAAGAGAGGGAGGGAUAGCCUGACUCCGGGGACACCCUGACUCCGGGGACACCCUGAUCAGGCUUCCUCCAUGCUGAAUGCUCCUCUCCGGCCAGAGGUCACACGCUUUCAUCUUCAAAGACGAUGCAGAACCAAUAGCCCGGCAGUGUACGUGAGGGCCCAACCACAACCCAGAUCAUUGGAGAAAAGGAAAGAGUGAAGAAUACAGUCGAAGCAAAGUCAUCAAAUGUAAUCAUCAGCUUGGUCCUACAAUGACGACGGCCAUUCUGGAAUGUAUCAGCACAUUGUCCAUCAGUGCACAGCAAUUACGUCGCCUCCCGAAGCUUCUAGAGGGUGGCCUUCCGAAGAUGCCUUCUACAGUCAAGGACUCUGAUGUUCCUAAUCUUUUCAGGGAACCAUAUAUUGAGGGUGGAUAUAGACCUAUUGACCAGAACUGGAAAUAUUAUUUCCUAAGCCUUUUUCAGAAGCAUAACGAGUCGCUUAAUGUCUGGACACAUCUUCUGGUGGCCUUUGCUGUUCUUCUGAGGUUCAGAGCAUUUGUGGAGACAGAAAGCUUCUCUUGGGAUGUGCUUUCCAUGCCACUGGUCAUAUACAUAAUAGCGUCAUUGACUUAUCUCAUAUGCAGUAUGCUUGCACACCUCCUACAGUCCAAAUCUGAGUUGGCUCAUUAUACAUUCUACUUCAUUGACUAUGUUGGAGUUAGCACUUAUCAGUACGGCAGUGCCCUUGCCCACUACUAUUACAGUUCCAGCCAAGCCUGGUAUGAUCAUGCCUGGUACUACUUCCUACCAGGAGCUGCUUUUCUAGGUUGGAUGUCCUGUUUUGGUUGCUGCUAUGCUAAAUACCAUUACCAAAGACCUUAUCCAGUCAUGAGGAAGAUCUGGCAGGUUUUUCCAGCUGGCCUUGCCUAUAUGUUGGACAUCAGUCCAGUUGUACACCGUAUCCUUGUCUGCCAUGCAGAAGAUUGCUCAGACGGGGCUGUUUGGUUCCACUGUCUACAAAUAAUUUUCUUUGUUAUCAGUGCCUACUUCUUCUCUUGCCCAGUCCCAGAGAAAUUUUUUCCAGGCGGUUGUGACAUAGUUGGCCAUGGCCAUCAAAUAUUCCACGUGUUUCUGGGCCUGUGCACUCUCUGCCAGCUUGAAGCUGUGCUUCUGGACUUUAAAACCAGGCAAGAACAUUUCCUGACACGGUACAAUCCAGAAUUGACCCAAGUAUCCUGUGUCUCGUUCUUUGCUCUCAUUCUAUGCAGUGCUAUCACUGCAGUGUUUCUCCGGGAAAGGAUCAAGCAGAGAUUGGAAAAGAAAGACUUAUAAUGAACAUGAUAAACUUUCUAGAAUUCAAUUAUUCAAAUGUUUCUUAUAUUUAAUAAUGUAGGGGAUACUAAUUUAUUUACUCCUCAAAUAGUAAGUUUUGGAUGUAAAAUUGAAUUUGAUUCUUUUGCUGCCUAAAACAGUUUUUCUAGUAAGUGACUUUUGUGAGAAAGUACAACUUGAACAUUAUUGAAGGAAACAUUUAAUGCACUUUUAUUUUAAUUAUGGGUAUUAUAGGUUGCCAAGGCUUGUUUAUUUUUCCCAGUAAAAUGUUAGCAUAUUUAAAGAAGGUAAUCUUAGGCAAAACAUAUUUCUUCAAAUGCAAAGAACACACAACGCCACACAACUUCUGCAGAUUAGAAACGUGGGGAGGUGCUCGGUGCAGUGGUUAAGGCUAGCCAUACAUGACCAAAUAUACGGGCAUUUUUAAGACCAGCUUAAAUCCUUAUUCAUUUGGUUUUUGUCAAAACCUAAUCCAUAGAUUGACUGACGUGUCACUAACAAUUUUCAAAUACGUUACAAGUUUAGCCCAAAAUAUAUUCUGCACCUGUGGCUGUAUUUAUAAAGGCUUAUGAAUUUUGUUUGGAAUGCACUGGGAAUGUUUCCACCAUUACCCUAGUAAUCACUAUAGGGCUUCUUGUGGCUCUACUUUCAAAGUAAAAUGGCUUUUGGAAUAUGAAAAUGUUAAGGUAUAUCUAAAGUCAAAACUUUUUUUAGUUUUGGAUAGACUAGAAAAUGGUUACAACCUCUGUCAGUUUUUUUUUUCUUUAAUUUUUUACUCUUGUCCUAUUUUGGAGAUUUACCAUCACUUCCUGUCCUGUAGACACAAUAUGAAAUGGGGUAAAUCCCCUUUUAGUUGCCACGUCAACAAGUAUGUCCAUUGUAGCACUUACCCUCUAUUCCUGUUGUGGUGGCAUCUGAAACUUUUGGACUUUCCUUCACUUUUAGCUAUGGUGACAAUGGUCAACAAGGCCAAUAGAGAGAGAGAUUGAGUCUCCGUAAUGGGGACACUCUAUUCCUUCACCAUUCUAUCCAAAACUAAGAAAAAAUAUUGGCCUUAGAUACAUUUUAAUCUGAUUGGUUGCUGUGAGGCAAUAUAUACACAUUUACUUUCAACAGUGGAUCCAAGACUUCAAGCUUUCCAUUUACUCUUUAAAGUUUUAAGUAGCCUAUUUUAUUCGCAAAUUGUCUUAACAAACGGUAAACUGGUGCUGGCAGAAGAUGCCUCUUACAUGUUUAUGUAUAUUGAAAGUUUUAAAAAUGACAGUAUAAAAUGAGGUUGGCUGAGUCUUCUAGGCAGCACUGGAACACAUAGCCUAGAUGCAAUGAGGCUACCACAU